GUAUGAGAUUGUGCUUUCUCUGAUGCUGGAUUCUGAUGCUUUGUUUUGUUUGAUCGGUUCUCUUGGAUUAUUGAUAAAGCAGAGUUACUGUACAAAGAAUGAUUUUUUACCCUACUUGGAAUCAAACAUCAAAAAUAGAGACCUUUUCUAUGUUCCUCAUUUGGAUUAGAGAAUUUUCAGUUGUUUCUAGUUUGGUGUAUUCUCAUCAAGCUGGAUGAUAUGUUUCCUCUGUCAUACUACCACUUUACUCCUGAACUGCUUCAGCUGAAUUGUAUGCAUAAAUAGCUCUGGGGACUGAAGAAAAAGAAUAUAUUAUAUCUAGAUCUCUUGUGGUGAUCUCAUUGUUCUCAUUGAAGGCUGAUAAUACUACUGCUGACAUACAAGUUGUUGUUAGAAACAAAUAAGCUCAUAAGACCAUAAUUUUGAAGUUUAUCCUUUGGUUUGUGAUAUUGGUUUGUGAUAUUAAAACACCUCUUUGCUUUCUCAAAGGUUCAAAUGAUUAGCUUAGUGACUAAGGGGAGCUGACCUUACUUUAGUUUAAAAUAACUCUGCACUUUGAAACCCUUAAUGCGACUGAUUAGGUGAAGUAAUUACUAUGUUCCUCUAGUGCUUCUUCCACUAUUUCUAUGUGGAUUUUUUUAUCCUGCCAGAUCCUCCGGCCAUUUCAAUUGCUAUAAAUGUCAGGUUGCACAAGUAGUAUAUGCAUAAUCAAAAGUCUUCUUCAAAAUGGAAGCCCAUGUUUUACCUCGCAUUGUCUUCCUAGUGCUCUGCAUCUACAGCCUCAAGACCAUGGUCGAUGGAGCUGGAGAAUGCGGGAGAAAUCCCCCAGAUAGAGAAGCCAUCAAGCUGGCUCCUUGUGCAAUGGCUGCACAAGACACAUCUGCAAAAGUGUCUUCCACUUGCUGUGCUCGAGUGAAACAGAUGGGAAAGAACCCGAAAUGCCUUUGUGCUGUCAUGCUUUCUUCAACAGCUAGGAGCUCUGGAGCAAAGCCGGAGAUCUCAAUGACCAUUCCUAAACGCUGCAACAUCGCUACCCGUCCCAUCGGUUACAAGUGUGGAGCUUAUACUCUGCCUUGAAGCAGCAGACAGAGAGCAAUAGUGUCUUCUUUAAAACCAGUCUAAAUUAUCACACGUCCACAGGUGUAUGACUUGGUUUCAAUAAAUAUUUGAAUUAAAACGAUGAUUGAUCAUGAAAUAUGUAUGGCUUGUUACUUACAUGAUUGUGAGUAGUUAAA